AUGGUAGAAGCAAUUGGGCAAUAUGGACCAGGAUUAAAGAUCCCAAGUUACCAUGAAUUGCGGGUUCCUUUUUUAAAAAAGGAGGUGGAUUACACUAAGACAUUGCUACAACAUCAUAAGGAGACGUGGGAAAGGUGGGGUUGUUCUCUUAUCCUUGAUGGGUGGACUGAUAGGGAAGAUAGGGCCCUCAUAAAUUUUUUGGUUCAUAGUCGUGCUGGGACUAUGUUCGUAGAAAACAUUGAUGCUUCAAGUGAUGUAAAGAGGGCUGAGAAAUUGUUUACUUUACUUGAUAAGAUGGUUCAAAAAAUUGGGGAGAAGAAUGUACUUCAAGUUGUUACAAAUAAUGCGCCAAAUUAUGUUUUGGCUAGGAAGUUUUUGAUGGUGAAGUAUCCUCAUCUAAUGUGGACUCCGUGUGCUACCAAUUGUCUAAAUUUGAUAUUAGAAGACAUUGGGAAGCUACCCGUUGUCAAGAGAACACUUGAGAAGGCAAUAGCAUUGACGGGGUACAUUUAUAACCACCCUGGCUUACUGAACCUAAUGAGGAAGUUUACAAGCCAAAAGGAAUUGCUUAGACCAGCAAAAACUCGUUUUGCUACCUCUUUUCUUACAUUGCAAUGUAUAUAUGAACAAAAGAAGAACUUGUGGGAUUUAUUCAAUUCAAAGGAAUGGAGUGAUAGCAAAUGA